AUGCGAUUUACAAAGGGAAUAUUUGUACUUUUAAUACUUUCUCUUUAUAUAUGCAAGCCAUACAUGAAAAAUAAAGCAAAACAGGCCAAAAGAAGAAAAGUUAGAAGAAAUAGUUUGAAAGUGACCGGAAACAUUCUUCAUCUUACAAUAUAAGCAGAAUACGCGCAGUGUAAAUUAAAUGAAAUACCAAAGUUUGCUGAAAUAUAGCGAGAAAGAUUAGAAAUAUAAUGAAUUGCUAGAAUUCCUGGACAAAGUGUCCUUUAAGAGAAAAGUACCCUGAAUUCGGGUUAGUAAAAUUUAGUAGAUUGUUAAUUAUGUUCUAAUAAGAAAAGACGGGGCAGCAUGCUACUUUCUAUAAAGUGUCCAAUUAUGUGCAGCAUAUUAUAGAUAUAACAGGAA